AUGCCAUCAAGGACGCACUAUAGAUUAUCCAGAACGGAAAUCCUGAAAGGACUGGCAAACAGAUUUGUUCAUUCGACGGCAUAUUUAUACUUUUAUGGAUCUAUGGCAUUAGCAAGUUUGAUGACCGUCUUCAUCUCUCUAAUUCAAGAUUGUCCCGGUACAUUGUUCUACAGCUUGGAACUUACAAUCAAUGCUUUAUUGAUCGCAGAGGUUGGAAUACGAGGCUAUGCGUUCGGUAAACAAUUUUGGAAAUCAACGUUCAAUAUUAUCGAUUUAGGAUUAGUGAUGCUUUGUGCAAUCACACUUGCCGUUUUGUUCUUUUCGCAUGAUUGUUCUCCAUACCGAAGAGGCAAAGAAGAUCCUGAACCAGGUGAAGAUUUACCUGGUUCUACCCAAGGCGGUCGAGGUGGUCGAUCAGAAGAAUUGCUUGACAGUUUCUUGUUGAUCUUGCGAAAUGCUGCUCAACUUGUUCGUUUGCUCAGCGUCGUUCGUAGAAGUAGCUCAAACGUCACUACCCGUGUUCCAACGAUCGAUUUGGAUGACGCACGUAGAUACAGUCUCGAUUGGGAUUUAGAGGAAGAAGGUUUACAAGCACGACAGCGGAUGGCAGAUGGCGGAGACCGUAGCGCACGAAAUCAACAGGGCAGAAACGAAGAACAAAGGCAACUGUUCGAUUAUGAGGAUGAGGAUGAUGAAUUGUGA